UUCUGCAAUGCAUUUUUUACGGUUUUCCAAGCGAGUACCUCACAGCCUCUCGAUUUAGUUCAGCCUGAAAUAUCUUGAGCUGUUCGCACACAACCGACUGCCUUUCCACAACAUUUAGCAUUAUGGCCGACAUACCACAGCUGAUUAAAAUCGCCGUUUCCUUGAAAACGACUCCAAAUAACGGACCUGUGUUCUUCAAGACGGAUGGGACGAGAUUCGGGCAGACCCGAACGAUUAAAUUAUUGACCGGAACCAAGUACAAGAUAGAUGUGGUCGUGAAACCGGGAGCAGUUGAGGUGAUAUCCAUGACUGUUGCCGGGGUGACUUUCCCUUUGGAGCAGCAGUCUAAAGACCCCCAGUCUGUAGUAUACACUGGAAUGUAUGACACUGAGGGAGUAGCACACACUAAAAGUGGAGAAAGACAACCUGUUCAAGUCAGCAUACAGUUCACUCAUGCAGGCCUUUUUGAGACCGUCUGGCAGGUCAAAUUCUACAACUACAACAAGAGGGACCAUUGCCAGUGGGGAAACAGCUUCAACAGUAUUGAAUAUGAGUGUAAACCCAAUGACACACGCACACUCAUGUGGAUCAAUAAAGAACUAUUUCUGUGAAAGAUGUCUAUGUGUCAACCGUGAUAGCAGGUAAUCUUAUGACAAACACAAUAUAGAGCUAGAGACCUCCCUAGACACCACCCUGAUGAGUCAUGUAGAAACAAAUCAAAGACUCUUGAUAGUGUAGGGAUGCAACCUGUUUCUUUCCUGUUAGUGACGUGUGUCUAACAAGUGAUUCGAGUGUUGUGAUGCAUUUACAAGUGGGAGUUUUGUUGGAUUUGUCUUGGUGCUGCUGGAAAAUUUGUAACAUACUGUGUCUAAUGCAAUAUAGUUACACUUUACCCUGUUAGUUUUCGUGUUGUCUGUUUUUAGAGUUUUCCUUCCAGUUGUCUACCUCUGAAGAAUCCUGUGAGGAUGAAGUUUAUUUUAAUAUGGGUUUACAGAUUUUAUGAUAAAACUAUUACAAUGUGUGGCCUAUUAAUUCAGCAGUUACAGAUUCAAUGUAUCAUCUUUGCAAUAAAUCUU